UCCAGACUACAUUCCCACCACAAUAUGCUUUGUGAAAUGGCGGUACUUCGCACCGGCUUCCUUCACUCUCAAGUGGGCAAAACCCCAACACUCUUAAGGGCCAUCCUCUACGGGAAUUGUGACAAGAAAGCAGAGUUGUAUUUCCAAAGGGUUACGCGACCUUGCUCUGCAUUGGAUUUGGAGAGUUUUAGCAAGAGAGGAACUGUGGAUAAAGCUGUUCGGGAUUCUAUACUUGGUGCUGCGAUUGGCCUGGGCGUUGCUGUGGUGGGCAUCCCGGCCGCAGCUGGCGUUCUGGGUUUCAGUGCUGCAGGAAUUGCGGCUGGUUCAAUUGGGGCCAAAAUGAUGUCUGCUGCUGCCAUCGCGAAUGGAGGCGGAGUGGCCGCUGGGGGCGUGGUUGCCACCCUGCAGUCCAUUGGGGCUGCAGGGGUGCCGGGUGCCGUGUCGGCAGCAACAACAGUCACAGGAGCAGCGCUGGGAGUCUUAAAGGACCUUUACGGUUGAGAGGCCAGCGGGGACACCCCCACCCUUCCAUGAAAUUAGUUUUGACUGUCAAAAGGCCUCUAAAGAAACCUGCUACCCUUCCUACCUCCUUGCUUGAAUUAUUGUAGUUAAUAGCCUACUUUCUCCUAGUGCUUUUCUUGUAAUAAAAAUACCUUUUGUCUUCCCCCCC